AUGUGGAACACCUCUGAUGCCAAUUUCUCCUGCUACCAUGAGUCUGUACUGGGCUAUCGUUACGUGGCAGUUAGCUGGGGCGUGGUGGUGACCGUGACAGGCACUGUGGGCAACGUGCUGACCCUGCUGGCCUUGGCCAUCCAGCCCAAGCUCCGUACCCGCUUCAACCUGCUCAUCGCCAACCUCACAGUGGCCGAUCUGCUCUACUGCACCCUUCUCCAGCCCUUCUCUGUGGACACCUACCUCCACCUGCACUGGCGCACUGGUGCCAUCUUCUGCAGGGUCUUUGGGCUCCUCCUUUUUGCGUCCAACUCUGUCUCCAUCCUCACCCUCUGCCUCAUCGCCCUGGGACGCUACCUCCUCAUUGCCCACCCAAAGCUCUUUCCCCAUAUUUUCAGUGCCAAGGGCAUCGUGCUUGCACUGGUGAGCACCUGGGCGGUGGGUGUGGCCAGCUUUGCUCCCCUCUGGCCAAUCUAUGUCUUGGUGCCCGUAGUCUGCACCUGCAGCUUUGAUCGCAUUCGAGGCCGGCCCCAUACCACCAUCCUCAUGGGCAUCUACUUUGUGGUUGGGCUCAGCAGUGUCGGCGUUUUCUAUUACCUCAUCCACCGCCAGGUGAAGCGAGCAGCACAGGCGCUGGAUCAGUACAAGCUGCGCCAGGCGAGCAUCCACUCCAACCACGUGGCUGGGACAGAUGAGGCCAUGCCGAGUCGUUUCCAGGAGCUGGACAGUGGGCUGGCAUCAGGAGGGCACAGCGAGGGGAUUUCAUCUGAGCCAGUCAGUGCCGCCACCACCCAGACCCUGGAAGGGGACUCAUCAGCAGUGGGGGACCAGAGCAACAGCAAGGCAGCUAAGCAAAUGGCAGAGAAAAGCCCUCCAGGAGAGCCUGCCAAAGCCAGGACAACUAAAAGAAAGCAGGGAGCUCAGGGCUCUCCGUCAGAGUUUGGGAAGGUGACUCGGAUGUGUUUUGCUGUGUUCCUCUGCUUCUCCCUGAGCUACAUCCCUUUCCUGCUGCUCAACAUCCUGGACGCCAAGGUCCGGGCUCCCCGGGUUGUCCACAUGCUUGCUGCCAACCUCACCUGGCUCAAUGGUUGCAUCAACCCUGUGCUCUAUGCAGCCAUGAACCGCCAAUUCCGCCAAGCCUAUGGCGCCCUCCUAAAACGAGGGCCCCAGAGUUUUUGUAGGUUCCAUUAG